GGAGGAUGAACAGUCCAAGAAAAAAGAUACUGGUUCAGUCCAAUAUGACAUACCCAAACCCAGCGAUGACAAACAUGAGCCACAGAAAACGUCUGAUAAAAAGCCUGAAUUGACUGAAUCCCAAGCUGUUGCUCAAUCAGCCAUGUCUGAUGCAACUUACUCAUCAUCUUCUUCCUUUAGUUACUCUUCCUCAACGUCUGCAUCAUAUUCAACUGGUCAACACCUUGGAGAAGGCCUAGAAACAUUAAUUAAUGUUCCUAGUGUCCAACUACGAUCAGAUGGAGACAGUAUAUCAUAUGAAUACUCAUCGCUAAAAGAGGAAGAGUCGCCCAUUAUGGAUUUACCAUGUUUAAAAAAAGAUGAAUACAUGGAAGUCACAGACCGAAUGACACCUGCUACAACUACAGCUGAAUCAAUAUCUAGUCUUGCCAGGUUUUCUCCUCUCAGUCCCUUGGAGGAAUCAAAAUCGUUUCUUCAAGAUCAAACAUCAUCAGCAGAGGAAAAGUCAGAGGAGGAUAUGUCAAGCAUCAUAUCUGACAGGGAUCAUGUCUCUCUUCCUAAACAUGUAGCAGAGCCACAUUCCUCAAAAUCACCCGAAUCAGCAACUUCUGAGCAUGCAGCUCACCCAACUGAGGAGGCAUCUGUGACAGCUCUUAAGUUUGACAUUGCACCUUUGGAGAAGGCUGACUCUACAGACAAACAGUUGCAGGAAAAAUCCUCUGAUGAUGAGCCAGAGGAUAACAAAAGCAAUUUUGAGGAAGGAACCUUACCAUGUAGAAUUGAAUGUGAAAAAUCUUCAGCUACUGAAAAAUUAAGUACAGCAUCUUUACCAGAGCAACAUGCUGAUGUAAAACCCUCAACCACAAUAUUACAUUCAUUUGAUCUGAAAACCACAGAUGAACCAACAGAAAUGACUGGUUCUCAAAAGGUGCCAGUCACAACAUGUGGGCCUCUCAGUACUAACACCCAAAGUGAACAAAGUAUGAAGCAAGAAGGGGCAGAGAAGUCUGAGGAAAUUAAAGACUUGCCUGAAAAAGGACAGGAGGGGGUUGAAAUGAAAGAAGCAAAAGUUAGCAAAAUGGAAUAUGAAGAGGAGCGUGAGACAGAGAAGAAAGAAGGAGUAAAACAUAAAGCAAUGGAGGAAGAACAGAUACAACCUGAAAAGACGGUCGAAGUGAAGUCAGAAAAGAUGGGAGAGAGCCUAGAUGAUGGCAAGAAGUCAGAGCAGCAGAGUGAUAGUGAAGGGAAAAUUGAGCAGUCAAAAGUAAAGAAAGAGGUAGAACAAAUUGAAACAACUGUAGAAAAGGAAUGUCAAGAAAAAAUGGAAGAGAAGAAAGAGCAAACAGAAGAAAAGAUGAUGGAAAAAGACAGCAAAAAAUCAGAUACAGUUGAGUCCAGCCAGCAUAGUGCCUUUGCGUCCACAAUGCAACAUGAAGAUUUUGUAUGUCUAAAGGCUCCACCUGGCUAUGGAGAAGAUGUUUAUGAGGGUAUAAAGGAGGAAAAGAGGGAUGAAGAGGAGGAAGAGACUUAUGAUUCAAAAGAACGUCCACCAACUCCACUAUCAGGAGCACAGGCUUGUUAUCCUGAGGUCUCCAAGAAGUCAGAUGAGGAAUUCACUCGACCCUCUGAUCUUGGUAUGGAGGCCAUGUCCUCACAUUCACCUUCGCUCUUCAAACAGCGCAAAGGAGAUAUCUCUCCAUCCUUCAUUAAUCCAAGCCCACAUGAACUAUCGAGUGAGGACGGAGAUGAAGAUGCUAGAAGCGAUCAUUCAAGGGAUGAUGAUGGUGAUGAGCGUGAGCAGCACUCUGUCAAAAGGAGAUCUCACAAGCAGCAGCAUCGUCAUCCCCACAGUCACCAAGAAGAUGGUAAGGAGGGAUCGCACAGUAUCCCGAGUGGUACAUCGACUGGGCAUGGCAUUAUGCUAGCAGGGGAGGAAACUCCUCCCACAUCUCUGAGCGAGUCACUACCAUCUCAGUCUGACUCAGAUGUUCCUCCAGGGACUGAGGAAUGUCCUUCAAUUACAGCAGAAGGGAACCUUGAUUCUGAUGAAGACGCAGAACAUCUACCUGUGGACAAAAUGUCUGCAGCUGGCGGCAGCGGAGGAAGUCAUCAUUCCUCCUCCCCGAGGAGUCACGAUCCCCUGCCCAUUCCAAUGAAAGACCCUCUUCCUCACCCUCCACACCCUGAUGUGUGCAUGGUGGACCCAGAGGCUCUUCUUAAUGGCCAGACCCACACUGAACGACCAGUGAAGAAAGACCUAAAAACAAAUAGAGGCUUGAGGAAGACACUAGGAAAGUCUGCAUCGCCAGGGCGUAAAGGAGAUACAAAAAGCAGGAGAUCUAGUACCCCUGUGAAGCAGACAUCUAAAGACUCCUCACCUCAUGAUCUUAAAAGAAAAGAUUCGGAGAAGACUUUUCGUUUGUCCAAAAUGUCUGAGACACAGGGAUCCAGGGGAGACAUCUACAACCCAGGAAGAGGACUGGUCAAUGGUGUUAAGAGUAAUACAGGCUCCAACCUGAAAUCCAGCGCUGGGACUCCACCUGGACCACCCAUCUACGUCGAUCUAGCUUACAUUCCCAACCACUGCAGUGCUAAAAAUGUUGAUCAAGAAUUCUUCAAGCGAGUGCGAGCAGCAUACUAUGUCGUCAGUGGAAAUGACCCAGGCAGUGGUGAACCCAGCCGUGCAGUUCUAGAUGCACUCCUAGAAGGGAAAGCACAAUGGGGCACUAAUCUACAGGUCACUUUAAUCCCUACACAUGACACAGAGGUAACUCGGGACUGGUAUCAGCAGACCCAUGAGAAACAGCAGGACCUGAAUAUAAUGGUCUUGGCCAGCAGCAGCACAGUGGUCAUGCAGGAUGAAUCUUUCCCAGCCUGCAAAAUAGAAUUUUGAAUUGGUUUUCUAUUUAGAGCUUUCCAUUCAUUCCUCAUUCAUUUCUAAUCUUUUAGGUUUAGAUGGGUUACUCCACCCACAGCCUUCCAUCCGCUGCCAUUUAUAGUUUGUAUUCAAAUCCUCAAAAAUUCAACAAAAUCCUAGUGCUGUCAAAAGACUUUAUUAUAAGCUUUGGUCCUGAAUCUAUUGUACAUUUUUGAUUGCAUCUGCAAAGCUUUGGCAGAAAACUGAAUGUUCACUUGCUAGCUGCUAUGAAAUAAUAAUAUAUUGUUCAAAUAGGCUAAAGUUGUAUUACAAAUUGAGUUUUCUCAUAUUCUUUAACAUAACUUAGAGACCUGCCUGUAAUUUGAAUUCGAAGCACAAAAAUGCCCUCUGUGAAUUGGUUAAAACAUCAUCUGAUUAAUGUUUCACAUCCUUUAUCAUCAAUUUUAGCAGACAUACCACAUAUAGACACAGUUGCCUGGGAGAACAUACUUUAUACAAUAGGUCACAAGGCCUUAGAGCAAACAACCUCUGAGAACAGACUCGAAAAAAGUUCAGAGUAGCUGUCUUGUGAGCUACGGUUACAAUGAGGCUAGACAAGUCUCCCCAUGAGAUCACAUACCAGCAGAUGAGUGAAAAAAGAAAUAACUGUACUCUAAAUUGCUAAUCCAAAGAGGAUUUUUGCCAAAUCGCAAUUCUUUCAAAUGCCGAUUUACAAUAUCAAGCAUAAUCCAAGAUUUGUGUCCCUUAGGUGACAAAGAUGGAUCAUUCUCUAUUCAAACAUCUAAGCGGUCCAGCAGUUUUAUCUCAAUAAUGUGAUUGUAGUGAAGACUGUACAUGUAUAUGUAAAUGGUUUUAAGAGUAAAGCAAAGUAGAUGGCAUCUUUACAAACUACUAACCCACUGAUAUGACUAGGCUCUAAUAUGAUCACGUGACUCAGGAUAUAGAAGGCAAAAGGUUAUUGAAAGAAUAAGUGUGUUGCGUUUUUUCAGUAUUGCAAGUACUGUACUAAAGCAUGCUGCUCUCUAGCUUGGACUAAACGUUGUUAGUAUAUUAAUUUAGUGAUCUGUUUUGGGGAUCUGUUGUGGUCCAGAUCUCUUCAAAAGCAAACUAUUUACGAGCAGCUUGAAUACCAUCUGCCCAUUAACUGAGUAGACCACCAUUAGAGUUGCCAAUUACAUGAUGUUCUGUUGCUUGAGUGAAAAUGACAGAAAUUUAAAUGUGGCCACUUUAAGACCAACAACAAUAAUAACGCUUCAAAUAAUCCGUUUUAUAUUUUGGUGUUCAGACUUGUGACAUGCUGAAUGUUUUGUUUGUGUGUUGUUGAUAUACUUGACCUGAUUUUUUUUUCCCCCAAGCUGAGAUUCUCUGGCUCACAAGCACUUUAGGUUUAACUUGUUUGAAAGGAAAACUGGUGGAAAUUACACUAAUUGUACACUAAAAUGUAGCAGUCGAGACAUUAGUUAUAGAGAGACUAAUCAACAGAAAUGAAUAUUUGUUUCAUGGUUGCUGUGAGAGUAGACAGUGAGGGUUACCCUCAUGUGCCUUUUGUGUGUUGUUUGACAAAGAAAAUGCUGAGUUAUUACAUACUUAUACAUAUGCACAUACACACACACACACACACGCACGCACACACACAAUAUGUCUACUAACAUUCAUUUUGGGUUAACUGAAAUUAGAAAUUCUUUAUAGCCUUACUUCUUUAGGUUUAUGCUAUUAAAGUUUAAAUUGACUGAGAAGUGUGAGUAUUACCAAACAGCAGGCGUUUAUAAUAAUUACAUUAUGUUGCAUCAAGUAUGAUUGCACUUUUCUAAAAUGAAGUCAGUUUGGUAGAUAGGCAUCAUCAUGUAAAUAAUUAAGUAACAUUUUUAAUUUAUUUAAAAACAAAUAUAAAAAUUUCAAUUAAAAUGACUGAUCAAUAUUUGGCGAUGUGGACAAGAACUACUUUAGCUAGUUAUUAUCUAAAUUAAAUUGUAUGGUGGUCUGUUAUUGAGAACAAACACUCUAGAACAGGAACAGUUUAAGAUACAAUUUUGACUUUUGUUGCUAGUAUUAAUACAUUAAUUGGCAUUUCUAUAGCUUACAUCUUUAUAAAUAGGAAAAAUAUGAAUUCAACCUAACCUGAAGUUAUAUCAUUUACAAAACAAGCUAACAAUUAGUGUUUCUGUUUGCACUGGAGGCAAGAAAAACUAAUUAGAAAUCUGUCUUUGGCUUGGUUUGACAGUGGCUCUACAUUUUCAGUUACAUUGUGAACAGUAUCUUCAAUAGCAAACCAUCAAGGCCUCAUUGGUAAAUGCACAAUUGUUUUGUCCUUGAAAAGCAGCAGUGCCAUCACCCAUGCUGUUAGAAAACAAGCUCUGAAACACUGCACCCCUAACCCUAAUCCAGUAUAUUCGCAGUGAGUGGAUAGUUUUUAGUGUGUCUUGAUUUUUUUUUUUUUUUAAUGUAAAAUCAGCUUUAAGCAUUGCAGUAGACUUAAUUUUGUGUUAUUUUAAUCUAGAUUUAAGUUCUCUCAGAGAAGCUGUCUUUGAGAUGGUCAAAGUGACAGGGUCUUUGUGUACGUUUACUUGCUGAGAACGCACAGGUUAGCAAUGGUGGUCAAAGCCUAAGAACCUAGCUGUAGAGCCUCAAAAAGCCUUGAAGAUUACACUAGUUUAUUGGAUAGAUACACAAUUAUUCGCAAAAACCACACCCAAUUCCACCAGUGUACGCAAACCCACACUGAGACCAAAUUCUUUGUUUUUUCCUAGAAGGAUUGUUAAAAUGGGCUGAAUAUGUACUGUAUGUCAUAUGGUGUGGAUAUAUUUUCAUAUUUGAAAACAUGAGUGUUUUAUUUCAAAUACUUGGCCUUAGUAACAAGUACUAUAUGGUCUUGUUGAUUAGCUGUGAUUUCUUUACACAAAAUUAGUUUUGUGUUAAAGAUGAAUGCACUAACUUGAAAUAAUAUUUUUGAAUGUAAAAGUUGCUUUGCUGGAUGCUGCUUGAACAAAGAACUAGCAAAAUAUGCACAUGGAACAGUGAACCUCAGAAAAUGGGUCACAGAAAGAACUGGUUAGAAUCGUGAGUGACUCAUGACAAAAUAUUACAUGUUCAGCUGUUGCUGAUUUUAGUACAGAUACAUAACUCUCUUGAAAAUAAGAUUCAAAAAUUUUGGUUUGCAGAGGGCUGUUUCACAACUAACAUACAGAAAAUGGAAUAUACUAUAGACGUGAGGUUUCCUCCUUUACACUUAAAAAAGCCAAAAUAGAAAUCAAAACAAAUGGCGAACCUGUACAUAAAUCAAAAUAGCUGACGUGGUCAUUUAUGUGAAAUGCUUUCUUUUCAGAAAGUUCUAUGGUCAUUGUAAUUCUAAUUUCCUAAAGGUAAAAAAAAAAAAAAAAGAGAAAAAAAAGACUACUUAAAGUACCUCUACAAAUCUCUAUUAGUUCAGUUUAAUUCUACAUCAAAUGCAUCAUCAUGUGAUGGAUUCAUUUGGCCAUAUGUCAUGUAUACGUAUCCAUAUUUGCAUGUGACCUUAUUAGUUAUACUCCUGAAUGUAAUCGUUUAAUAAUCAGAAUUAAAACUAUUUUAAGAUGAUAUAUUUGAAGCUAAUUGUCUUUAUGGUACUGAAAUAUGCAUAUAUUAUUGGGCUUGGCUUCUGUUUGCCCUAAGAUGUUGUCAAGAAGAUGCUGUGAUAUUUCCUCGUUCUUUGGCGCUGUAUGAAUCUUAGUUCUCUUCUUCUUUAGUGCAAUAUUCAACAUUCUGUCUUUAAAAGCUCAAUGCAAAAGUAGAUUUCUGCUGAUUUACUGUAAAGGGAACCAUCCUGGUGAUCAUCAAUAAAAAACAUCAAAAUUUGGAAAACUC